GAAGCGCUCGCUAGACGAGCGCUUGAAGCAGCAACAGCCAGGUCGAUGUGGAUAGCGUAAAAGGCGAACGUCAGUUUGUUGUCACAACAGAUCUGAUUUGUGGCCGUCAAGGAUAUCGCGAGUGUAAGAAUUUACGAAAAGGAGCUUGAAACGGGAUCAUCCAGAAGCGAAGCCAUGGUUCUACUGUAAGCGGUCUUCUAGUCAUACGCCUCAUUCUCGUAUCCGUAUCGUCGGAUGCGUUGUGCCACCUUCGCUGAGUAGCACCUCCUUCAGGCCGCCGGGGUUUCGGUUUUUUUUCCGUGGACGGACGGCGCGGCGCAGCGUAAGUGAUGAUCGCCGAGCUGAUUAUGAACAGGAUGCGACAGCUGCUGUUGGCGCUGAUCGGGGUACUGAAGCGAGCGAUGUGCUGCUUCUCGCUUCGUCGGCACCACACGAACAGCGAGUAUGAAGCGCUCAACUCAAUAAGCGUCGAUCCGAGCGCGGGAAGUGCGGGAAGAGUGUUGAACGCGGGCUCGGUCCGGCCUAAGCAUCUCUCGGAGAAGGACUGGAACACGUGGGACGAUACGCCCAGCACGGUUGAGGAGCACAUCGAGCGGUACCGGGAGACGCUCGCUCAGCCGCCGCCGGUGUCGGAAGCGCCGCCUGAGGUCGACUAUUUCCAAGAUAUGACACCACACAUUCGGGCGCAGCCGAAGAUCUGCAUCGCCGAAGAAACCGAGCCACGCGACUUUAGCCGUCUGACGGCCAAGAUUGACAUUCCAGUAAUGAAUGAAUUAGAAGAUUGGAACGAGGACGACCGGACCGGUUGGGACGAAGCGGAUGAGGUAACCACCAAACAGCUAAUCAGAGAAACGAGGAAAGAGCGAAGGGCGCAACGGUAUCAGGAUCGCCACCACCAGGUGGCCUGAGCACGCACUCCCUCACCCUCAGCCCCGGUAAAAUUAGCAGCGUACUCGCUCCUUGAUUUAGCGUGAUCUUAUUAAUGUACAUAUGAUACCUUUUUCGGUGGCAUUUUAUGUACCACAAGUAUUGUAGCUAGUGGUUCCGUCUGUUUUUGCAUUCUAAAUAUUGUUUUGUUUCGAAAUUGUAUGCUGCCUUUCGGAUUGGAGGGUGAACCGUGUCGAUCCGGUAAUGAGUUCGGCGAUUCUGCAUGCCCGGUGCGUAGGUAAUGUAGGAGAGGCGCUACGCGGGACAUGCUGGCAGGGAUAUUUAAUGCCGUCCUUGACCACAUUAGCGCUCGUGGGGUUGUGGCUUAAUCAAGGGACCCACCGAGGGCGGAAAGCAUACAGCCGUAAACCGAAGCAGUCAAGGUGGAUCGAAAUAAACCAAACAAAGAUU